AAGAUCCAAGUCUCAACUUUGCAAAAAAAACAAUCAUGGCGCGCGGUAACAAGAAGGACGAGAAGGACCCCAACAAGCCCAAGAAGCCAACAACGGCGUUCAUGUACUUUUCGAACGCGAUGCGCGAGCGCGUCAAGACGCAAAACCCCGGCCUGAAGAUGACGGACAUUGCCUCCGUUCUCGGCAAGUUGUGGGGCCAACUGCCCGAGGCCGACAAGGACAAGUACCAGACCAUGGCCAACAGCGACAAGGAGCGCUACGCAAAGGCCAUGGACGGCUAUGUUGCGCCCGUGUCCACUGGCGGCAAGUCUGGCAAGAAGUCCAAGGAUCCCAACGCACCCAAGCGCCCCCCGUCGGCCUACAUUUGCUUUGCAAACGCCGUCCGACCCGAGCUGCGAAAGACCUACCCUAGCGACACCAUGCCCGCCAUCUCCACCAAGAUUGGCGAGCUCUGGCGACAGCUGACCGACGAUAACAAGGAGCCCUACAACAAGCAAGCCGAGGCCCUCAAGCUCAAGUUCCAAACCGAGAUGGCUGCCUACAAGGGUGGCAAGGGCGUUGCUGCUGACGAAAGCGACGAGGAAGACGACGGCGAGGAAGAGGAGGAAGACGAAUAAGCAUUUUUUUCUCUCUCGCUUUGUUUCGAAUGGACGUUGUGAUAUAAAAAAAAGAAAAAAAAACCCUCUUGCUUUUAAA